AUGGAUAUGUUGCAGCCUGAGAAUGAGAUCCUAGCGAUAGCUGCCAUCCUAUCACCGGCCCAUAUUGGCGAUUGGAUUGAUAAACGACUGGUGGCUGGGUGUGUAUGGGAAAGAAAAGCAUCAGAAAAGGAAACCAAGCAAGAUGGAAAAUCAACCAAGGCUCAAUCGCAGCCUGCAGAGUUAUUUGCCACUGGCGGUUCUGCUGGUAGCUUACUUAGUGACUACCGCCCAACUGGAAAGAUCAUAAGUCAGCCUGGCAUGCUCCCAUUCCCACUUGCGGAGUUGAGUAUGAUGUCUCAGAGAUCAAAAAUCACAGAUCCUACACAUCUCAACCCCUUUCGUCAUAAAGAUUAUGAGGGAAUCAGUCAGAAUAUAUAUACGGCUGACUUUCCUCUCAAUGUGAACCAUCCGGAAUUCGGGCAUCGCUACUCUUCACCGAAAAUCGGUAUGGCUUUCCAGCAAAGCCGCAAUAUCUAUGGCAGUUAUUUUGGGAACAUGCGCAAGCCGGGAAGGGAUUGGGAACGUGGAAAAAAUCAUGGCAACUGCGCUGUUUCAAAAGCAGUUGGCCUGCGGACUGGGAUUGCCCAAAAGUCGAACCUGAAAUUGGUACCUACUCUAGAUGGUGGGAGAACCAUAACAUGGGCUCUGGCAUCAUGGGAGACCAUGAUCAGGGAGAUGAGGCGUGACAAAAACAACCUCAAAAAACAGGGGAAAGUCUUUGUCCCUGUGGUUUUUUUCAACAAUGGGUUCUCACAAUAUGGUGCUGUGGUCAUUGCUUUGGUCAGGAAGUAUAUUCGAGCGAUGGUGAGGCUUAACGCUUUCAUUGCUAUUGCUGCAGGCAACUUCAAUCCAGCUUCUCGUGGGGGGAAAAGCAGGCCUGUGGUAGACCAUUGGCCGGCAUUAUUUGCUGCAGAAAAGGAAUUCGAAGCAAAUAUGCUUAUUGUUGGCUCUACGAAACUUUCUGGUGAAUUGUCAGAUUUCUCGAUGGGUGGCCCACUGGUGAAGAUAUCCGCUCCUGGAGAGACGUUUAACAGGCGCAAGGAUCAUGUCCUAGGCGUUUGGUGCGCUGAUGGUGAGGACAACGAGUUUGUGGUGACAGCAGGCACAUCUUUCACAGCGCCAGUGGUUGCUGCUAUGGCAGCAUACUAUCUUUCGAUUCAUCCUCAUCUUCGUGAUAGCAAGUUUGGUGGUCAACUGGUCGCUGAGCAUCUUCUGAAAACCGCAAUAACACACUGCGUUAAUUGCCCUCUGGUUGUUUAUAAUGGACUUGAUGGGAAAAGGUGA